UCCGGACAAGCCAAUCAGCGUCACCGCCUUUUCCGGUGUAACGCCGGGUCUCGGCUUCUUCCCAGACCCAGGGGGUCUGGGCCAUGGCUCCCCGGGCCCUUCUCCUGCUGCUGUCGGGGACCCUGGCCCUGACCCAGACCCAGACCCGGGCGGGUUCCCACUCCCUGAGGUAUUUCUACACCGCCGUGUCCCGGCCCGGCCGCGGGGAGCCCCGCUUCGUCGCCGUGGGCUACGUGGACCACACGCAGUUCGUGAGGUUCGACAGCCACUCCGCGAGUCCGAGGAUGGAGCCCCGGGUGCCGUGGAUGCAGCAGGAGGGGCCGGAGUACUGGGACCGGGACACGCGGAUCUACAAGGACACCGCACAGAAUUUCCGAGUGGGGCUGAACAACCUGCGCAGCUACUACAACCAGAGCGAGGAGGGGUGUCACACCUACCAGUGGCUCUGUGGAUGCGACGUGGGGCCAGAUGGGCGCCUCCUCCGCGGGUACAGUCAGUUCGCCUACGACGGUGCCGAUUACCUCACGCUGAACGAGGACCUGCGCUCCUGGACCGCGGCGGACACGGUGGCUCAGAUCACCCAGCGCAAGUGGGAGGCUGCCGGUGGGGCAGCGGAUCAGAGGGCCUAUCUGGACGGGGAGUGCGUGGAGGGGCUGCGAAGGUACCUGGAGAAAGGGAAGGAAACGCUGCAGCGUGCAGAACCCCCAAAAAGACACGUGACCCACCACCCCUUUUCUGACCGUGAGGUCACCCUGAGGUGCUGGGCCCUGGGCUUCUACCCUGCGGAGAUCACCCUGACCUGGCUGCGUGAUGGGGAUGACCUGACCCAGGACACAGAGCUUGUGGAGACCAGGCCUUCAGGGGACGGAACCUUCCAGAAGUGGGCGGCUGUGGUGGUGCCUUCUGGGGAGGAGCAGAGAUACACAUGCCACGUGCAGCAUGAGGGGCUGCCCGAGCCCAUCACCCUGAGAUGGGAGCCACCUCAGCCCACCAUCUCCCUCGUGGGCCUCAUUGCCGGCCUGGUCCUCUUCGGGGUCACUGGAGCUGCGGUGGCUGGAGCUGUGAUGUGGAGGAAGAAGCGCUCAGGAGGAAAAGGAGGGAGCUAUGCUCAGGCUGCAAGUGGGGACAGUGACCAGGGCUCUGAUGUGUCUCUCACGGCUGCUAAAGUGUGAGACGGCUGCCUUGUGGGGACUGGGUGAUGCAAGAUUUGUUCACGUUCCCCUGUGUGACAUCGAGAUCCCCUGACUCCUUCUGCAAAGAGCAUCUGAAUUGGUCUGUGUUCCUAUUGUCAUAAUGUGGGGAGGUGGGAAGACUGGUCCACCCCUGCCCACCAAGAGCCCUCCCACCCCACACUGACUGUCCUGUUCCAGCAAAGGUGGGCUGGGCCUUGUAUUCACUUCAUGUUGGGGUGAGUAAUGAUAUCCUACUUAUUAAAAUCUGAUAUGAGAAUCUGA